GUAGACCCGGGUAUCAGUUAUAUCAAUUACAACGACCACUGGCCUAACGACACCAAAAAAUCUACCGGCGCUCACGCCAAGGGAGUCAUAGCCACCGAUGACAGCCAUGGCUUUUGGCUCAUACAUAGUGUCCCGAAGUUUGCCGCCCAAGAGUCGGGCCAUAAGUACGUAUACCCAGCGUCUGGUGAGACCUAUGGACAGACAGCUCUGUGUAUUAGCUAUAAAAUCACUGAAAUCGACAAUAUCCUUGAGCAAUUACUGUAUAUGCACCCAAAUGUGUAUACCAUACAUGUGAGCACCCACCUAAAAAGUAAAUCAUCAAAAAUCUCUGCAUUAAGCGCUAGGAAGUGGAGUUCCGGUCCCAUGAAUGUCCAGACCAUCACCAGCGCCGGUGGUGUAAACUUCACCAGUUUUAGCAAAGCACCGGGCGAUCACCUACACCUGUACUCCCAGAUCAUGGCACCGGUACUCAACACCAGUCUAUAUGUCGAGACGUGGAGACAGGGAGCGGGACAUCCCUUACCCUCUGAGUGUAGGCUCAAGAAAACGGUUGAAAAUAUAGACGACAUUAGCGUAUCGUUUGUGAACUCGAGACUGAAGGGCGGGUUUGGCUAUCAUAAGGAUCAUAGCAAGUGGGCUAUCAGUAAAACAUCUACCGUUCCCUAUGUCUGUGUCGGAGAUAUGAAUCGAGUGGAGUCCCAGUUUAAGAGGGGUGGCGGACAGACAUGUUUUCAAAACCCUAAGGUUAGGGUAGAAAUGCUUCUCCUACCUGGAUUCGUGUUACUUGUGUUGACAUUUGUGGUCACCUCUGGUCAACAUCAGGGUAAAACCAAUCAUGACGAUGAUCAAAGACCUGUCGACAGAUGCCAUAAACAGAUCGUGGACUGCAUGUACAAAGUGUCGCCAGAUUUCCUUAAAAAAGUCCUGAAGGAAUGGGAGGGCGCACACAAACGUCAGUCCAGUAAAAAUCACCAUCCUCGCUCCAGUGAAAUUGCCCAUAAGAGCAAAUUAUUCGCGCUCCAACAUUGGAUGACUAGGUACCUGAGUCGCUGUAUAGGGGAGACCAAGGAGUGUAACGGCAAAGAAAUCGUCCGUUGCAUGGCCGUGCCGUUAACCACCCUGUUUGAUAACACCCGGCUCGACCAUAAAAGUUUCUGGAUUACUUUUGGAGAGCAUACGUCCAUGGUGGCAGGAAGUAUUUCAACGUGUCCCCUGUUUACCCAGUGCGUUCAAUCGUUGAUCCAGCGUUCGUGA